GUUCACUCCUUUCCCAGUCCCAAACCUAAGAAAACCCCGCACCGAGCCGAAUCCCUGAGCAGCAGUGAGCUCAGCCAAGACCCCCGACCUCUGCUGCUUUGCUUUGCAUUGCUUCAGUUCCCAUUUCGCAAUUGCAUGCAGAUCCAAGACCCAACCAACGAAACACUUCGACCCCGCCAAGCCCUCUCAGCCCUUUGCUUGGAGCUGAAAGCAGUUGCAUUGCGAGCGCCAAAAAACCCAAGCUGUCCUCAAGAGUUGGAGUGAAGGAAGACCAGAAAACCUGCAGGUGGUGUCUUGCCAAGACAAUACCACCUAACCUGCCUUACAUACAUACAGAAGGAACCGGGGAUAAAGUAUAUUAGAAGGGCAACACCAACUCCUCCACCACCACCAUGGUGCGUAUCCCGCUUCCGAAUCGACUCAAGUCCUAUGGUGGAAAUAGCAACAAUCCCUCGCGGAGCACGAGUCCGAAUCCUAAUACGCACACAAAUCACACUAUGAAGAGGACAAAUACGGGGGAGGGCCCUGACGCGGCGAAGAUUACGGGGUUGAUGCUCAAGGUUGUUUGUUUGAAGGCCCGAAAUCUCGCGGCGAAAGAUAGAGGAGGGACCAGCGAUCCAUACCUCGUCCUCACGCUGGGCGAUUCUCGCAACGCGACGCAAUCGGUGCCCAAAACAUUGAAUCCGGAAUGGAACGUCACGAUGCAGAUGCCCAUCUCGGGCGUCAACAGCCUGCUCCUCGAUUGCGUGUGUUGGGACAAGGAUCGCUUUGGCAAAGACUAUCUCGGCGAGUUUGACCUGGCGCUCGAGGAUAUCUUCGCGGGUGAAUUGACGGAGGUUCCGCCACAGUGGUUUCCGUUGAGGAGUAAGAGGCCUGGAGGAAAGAAAAGUAGUAAUGUGUCAGGGGAGGUACAGCUUGCGUUUACGCUCUACGAUACUACGGCUCUAGGAUGUCCUCCUGCGGCUGUGCUGGACAAGUUUAGGACGUUGGCGGGAGUGGUGGAUUUGGGUGAGGUUGGGACGCCCACGAAGCAGCUCAGUCGUACAGGUACAGAUGGGGCUGGAGAUGAAGACGAAGAGUAUCUUGAUGAGGAUGAGGAGCCGAGCGAUGAGACGGAUGAUCCUACGAAGCCGGAGAACGUCGAGAAGAGAAGACGGAAAAUCAGACUACGGGGUCUGCGAAAGAAGAAACACCAGAAUGCAUACGAAUUCACGGGUGGUAGUGAGGUUGUGGGUAUUGUGUUCCUCGAGAUUGGCAAGAUUACAGAUCUGCCACCCGAACGAAACAUGACGAGGACGUCUUUCGAUAUGGAUCCCUUCGUAGUGGCUUCGCUGGGAAAGAAGACGUACCGGACACGAGUCAUUCGACACAAUCUCAACCCAAUUUUCAAUGAGAAGAUGAUUUUCCAGGUCUUGAGACAUGAGUUGGGAUACUCGCUAUCUUUCACGGUCAUCGAUAGGGAUAAGUUGACAGGCAAUGACUUUAUUGCUUCUACGAGUGUGCCGUUGAAGGAUAUUACGGAUACGGCCCCUGAUGCAGCUCCAGAGACUGGUCUCUACUCGUUGAAGGAACCUCCGGAUCCAAGCGCUUUUCCUCCGCAACCGAACAGGUCGAGAUUUAAGCUUCCACUGUCAAGAUCAUCCUCGUCUCAGAGCUUAAACAAGUUAAACCGACCAGGUAUGCAAUCGAAGAACUCCAGCCAGAAUAUACCUGCGGCAAGCCUUUCAGCAAGCCCUCCACCUUCUGGUGCAAAUACGCCUCUCAUUGCCCCAACGAGUAAUCCGUACAGUGGACUCCAACCUGGCGACACUCUUCCUCUGCCCAAUGCUGUAGACGACGGCGAUGGAUUCAAUGGCCAAGGCGAUCCAGAUCUACAUGCUUUCACCAUCCCGUUGAAGCUCAAGAAUGCCGAAAAGUGGGAAGAGAAGCAUAGCCCGCAACUUUACAUGAAGGCCAAAUAUGUUCCAUACCCCGCACUUCGGCAGCAAUUCUGGAGAUCAAUGCUCAGACAAUACGACACUGAUGAGAGUGGACGGAUUAGCAAGGUUGAGCUGACUACUAUGCUUGAUACUCUUGGCUCUACUUUGAAGGAGUCGACGAUUGACAGUUUCUUCCAUCGUUUCCCGCAUACUUCUGCCAGUGGCGAAGAGACUUCUGGCGACUUGACUUUCGACGAAGCGGUUAUAUGCUUGGAAGAGCAGCUUAUCGAGAAGUCGAAACCUCAGACGAUGGGUGAUCGUGUGCGGAACUUGAUGCCGGAUUCUGCAGCCGUGAAGAGUCAUAUUCCUACUCAGCUUGGAGGGACUUCGACUGCCCUUUCUUCCAAUACAGCGGAAACUGGACCUUCAGUCAAUGCGACAGCAGUAGACCAAUCUCAAUUGGGUGUGGAAGCACAGUCUGUCGACGAGUUGAACACUCCAGGCGAGGAAGGCGAUUUGUUGGAUCGAGACGAUCUCAAUGAUAAGGGUGAAGAGCAUGUGGUUGAGAUCAGAGAAUGUCCAAUCUGUCAUCAGCCACGACUCAACAAGCGUUCUGAUACUGAUAUCAUCACUCACAUUGCGACUUGCGCAAGCCAGGAUUGGCGACAAGUCAACAAUAUCGUCAUGGCUGGCUUUGUAACAUCAAGUCAAGCUCAACGAAAAUGGUACUCUAAGGUUAUCACCAAGAUCUCCUACGGUGGCUAUAAGCUUGGUGCCAAUUCUGCGAACAUUCUUGUGCAAGAUCGGAUCACUGGCCAGAUCAACGAGGAGCGCAUGAGUGUCUACGUGAGAUUGGGCAUUCGACUGCUAUAUAAGGGAUUGAAAUCUAAGGAUAUGGAGAAUAAGAGAAUUCGAAAACUGCUCAGAGGUCUCUCAUUCAAGCAAGGAGUCAAAUAUGACGACCCAGCAUCGAAAGCCGAAAUCCAGAAGUUUGUCAACUUCCAUCAACUCGAUAUGUCUGAAGUCCUGUUGCCAAUGGAGCAAUUCAAGAAUUUCAACCAAUUCUUCUACCGUCAAUUGAAACCCGAUGCUCGUCCUUGCUCUGCGCCGGAUAACCCACGUAUCAUCGUCUCGCCGGCAGACUGUAGGUCGGUUGUCUUCAAUCGCAUGGACGAAGCGACAAAAAUCUGGGUCAAAGGUCGAGAGUUCAGUAUUGGACGACUUCUAGGGAAAGCCUAUCCUGAGGACGCGGAACGGUAUAGGAAUGGUGCGUUGGGUAUCUUCAGACUUGCGCCGCAGGACUACCAUCGUUUCCAUAUUCCCGUCGAUGGAGUGAUGGGUACGCCGAAGACUAUCGAAGGAGAGUAUUACACCGUGAAUCCGAUGGCUAUUCGUUCUGCGCUCGAUGUGUACGGUGAGAAUAUCAGGGUUGUGAUUCCCAUCGACUCGGUGGCUCAUGGCAGAGUGAUGGUCAUUUGUGUCGGUGCUAUGAUGGUUGGUAGCACCGUCAUCACAAGAAAACCCGGAGAGAACGUGAAGAGAGCAGAGGAAUUGGGAUACUUCAAAUUUGGUGGAAGUACGAUCUUAGUUCUUUUCGAGGAAGGAAGUAUGAAGUUCGAUGAUGAUCUCGUAGAUAAUUCGAUCGGGGCUCUUGAGACUUUGGUAAGCCUUUUCUCCCUACCUUCAUCCCGCCCAAAGCUCACAAAUAUAUAGUUGCGAGUCGGCAUGUCGAUAGGCCAUCAUCCUUCGCAAGGCCAACAUACACCAGACAUGCGAAAGAAAGACGAGGAUAUCACCGAGAAGGAGAAAGCGGAAGCGAAGCGCAGAAUCGAGGGGAGUCUGGCGCCCGAAUCGCAGGGUAGUGCGCCGAUGGCUUAGAGAUGAGAUGAGAUGAGAUU